UCCGGGAACGCUGGGCGGGAGGGGACUGAGAAGACCUAGCCUAGGUUCUGUGGAUUUGGACCUCUGCAUUUCUAACCCAAGAUCUCGAAAUGCAUCGUGAUUCCUGUCCAUUGGACUGUAAAGUUUAUGUAGGUAAUCUUGGAAACAAUGGUAACAAGACUGAAUUGGAACGAGCUUUUGGCUAUUCUGGACCACUCCGAAGUGUGUGGGUUGCUAGAAACCCUCCCGGCUUUGCUUUUGUUGAAUUUGAAGAUCCCCGAGAUGCAGCUGAUGCUGUUCCAGAGCUAGAUGGGAGAACACUGUGUGGCUGCCGAGUAAGAGUGGAACUACCGAAUGGUGAAAAGAGAAGUCGUAAUCGUGGCCCACCUCCUUCUUGGGGUCGUCGCCCUCGAGAUGAUUAUCGGAGGAGGAGUCCUCCACCUCGACGCAGAUCUCCAAGACGGAGAAGCUUCUCCCGCAGCCGGAGCAGGUCCCUUUCUAGAGAUAGGAGAAGAGAGAGAUCACUGUCCCGGGAGAGAAAUCACAAGCCGUCCAGAUCUUUCUCUAGGUCUUGUAGCCGAUCUAGGUCAAAUGAAAGGAAAUAGAAGACAAGUUUGCAAAAGGAGUGGUGUACAGGAAAUAACUUCAUUUGACAGGAGUAUGUACAGAAAAUUCAAGUUUUGUUUGAGACUUCAUAAGCUUGGUGCAUUUUUAAAAUGUUUUAGCUGUUCACAUUUGUUUGUCUGUUGGAACAGUGACACAAAGGUGUAAUUCUCUAUGGUUUGAAAUGGAUCAUAUGGGGCAUGUAAUAUCAAGAAUUGUUACUUUACAAUGUUCCCUUAAGCAAAAUUUAAUUUGCUUUGAAUUUUAGUCUUGCAUAGGCUGAUAAUAAACCUCUUAAUUCCUGCCCAGCUAAAGUCAAUGUUUAACAUUAUGGAAAUAAAAACUGGCAAAAAUUGGAAGAUUUUUUUCAACAUAGCUGGGAUAUGGUAUGCAGCUGUAGUUAAGCAGUUUUUAAACUGCUGUGAACUCAAAAACCAGCUGGAAAAAUUAAAGCUUCACCCUUAAACUAGAUUAGAGGUUUAAAAAUCCCACUAGUCUUCACACUGGACAAAAGGUUGUCCAGUUGGUGUAGAAUCUAAGAAGUUUCAAGGAAGUUAGUUUACCUUUGCUUUAGGUUGUAAGUUCCUUCUGUGAUUGCUGUAUAUGAAUACAUAGCUCUUUGUAACGUUCUUUAUUUGGAAAUCUGAGAUACUCAAGAUAACAAAU